AUGAAGUGGUUCCUCUCCUUGUUGGUUUUGGUGCCGACCUCGUGCCUGAAAUUCCUGGACCCACAGGGCCUGGGGCUUCCCGUGGCAUCCAAGCGCCCGGGAUGGCUGGCGCGCCGCGACGAGUUGGUGGUGGACGCCCGGCCCAAGCAACGGGGCGGGAUGCUGAUCCUGCAGCUGGUGCUGAACGAUGCCUACGGCUACUGGGGAUCGGAAGGCUCCACGGCACGGCCACGGUGGCUGAGGGCCAUCCUGGCCACCAACCGAAAGCACGCCAUGCAGCACGGCCAUGCCAUGGUGCUGAGGUGGAAGAGGACCUUGCCACUGACCGAGUGGCAGGAAGAGAUGUGUAGCCAGAAGGGCCAGAGUCGGGAGGAAUGUGCCAAGAGUUGGGAGAGGGAGAACUUUUGCUGGGAGAAGUUUCCUUUUAUGGUGAGCAUGGUGAGUGUUCGCCCCGGCGCCGGCAAGAGAGCCCAGGUGGACUACUUGUUGAACUCGCAGGAGUUCACUCACAUGAUCAUGCUGGAUGCCGAUGCUGCCUUGAUCAGACACCAGGUCGACAUCUUGGGUGGCAUCGCGCAGCAGAUGCAGCAGCAGAACGUGGAUGUCUUCCUGACCAACGAGGACUGGCUGAAGAACGGUCAGGAGCGCAUCAAUGGUGGCGUGAUCAUGGCGCGCAACUCCAAGUGGUCCGAGGAUAUGUUCCAGGAUGCCUUCGAAGCACACAAGCUGGGCCCCAAGAUGAGGAAGAUAUGGCGCAUCGGUGAAACUGGCGUCAUGUGCACCAGCAACGAGCAGAUCUGCUUGAACGACCUCGUCUACGGCCAUGGCAAGAAGAUCAUGGAGGGCCACGUGGCCUUCGAGAGUGGCAUCGUUUCAUGGCAGGAAAAUUUUGGAGGGAACCAUUUGGAGCAAAGGGUGUACAACCGCGGUGGGUGUACCUUGAGACAUUGCUGGGAAAAGAUUUCCGAUCCCAGCAUGGAAGAGAAGAAAAUCCAGGACGAUCGUUUGCUUAUCGUUCACUUCAUGGGCGGCAGCAAAAACAUCGCGCCGGAGGUUCUCUGCGGUCAACAUGGCAACUUCACCGGUGAGGCGCCCGAAGGCUACGGCUGCCGCAAGUAG